CCGGGACAGUGUGGCUCAGACUCCGUGUGUCUGGGACACUUCUGUGACUACGGGGCGGUGUGUGUGGACGUGGAAGGACGGCCCCAGUGUGAGUGCCCUCAGUGUACAGAGGAAUAUGAACCGGUAUGCGGUGACAACGGCAUCACGUACGAGAACAAGUGCAAGCUUCGCCAGGAGAACUGUCAGCGAGAGGAAGACGUGCAGGUGGAGAAAAAGGGGACUUGUGACGGCUGUGGACAGACCAGGUGUGAGUUUUACGCCGUGUGCGAGAGUCUGAACGGCCACCACAGAUGUAUUUGUCCCACAACGUGUGUCCAGGUUUGUCUGUCUGUUUGUCUGUCUGUUAGUGUGUUCAGGUUUGUCUGUUUGUUUGUGUGUUUGUCUGUUCCUUUGUGCGUCACACAGAGCUACUGUCUUGUCUUACUUUUCGAAAAAAUAAAAAAGUUUUACGGCACUUGCAACUCCAAUAGGUCAAAAAAGUGUUGA